UCUUCUUCCUCUCCAACACAGAUCAGCCGCCUCUCCUCUCAACUCCACCGACGAUGGCGAGUCUCCGACGAGAACCAGAGGAGAGGGAGGCCGAUCUCCUCUCCUCUCCGCCUUCUCUUCCUCUCUCCUUUCUCCCUUUCUCUUCUCUUUUCUCUCCUCUCUUCGCAGGAACACCAGCAGCAGCAGCCGGACAGCAACUCCAGCAGCUGGCAGCACUCCGACCAGCGACCAGCAGCGCCAGCAGCAGCCGGACAGCAACUCCAGCAGCUGGCAGCACUCCGACCAGCGACCAACAGCGUCAGCAGCAGCCUCACGGAACUCCCGACGAGGACCACCAGCAACACCAACAGCAGCUCCAACCAGCGAGGAAGAGAAAGCCAGCUGCUCCGACCAGCGAGUCACCAGCAACAGCGAGCUCCGGUGGACAUUUCUUUUGGGAUUUCAAGUGUAUUUAAGACGGAUCUUUGACAGAUCCGUCCAGGUUUUGAACUCAAAGUUCAAGAUAUUGAAGAGUUGCCAUGGAACGAAAACAUUAGACAAGCUAAAUUUGUUUAAUUUGGGUUUUAUAUAUUAUUUAAUUUCUAUUAUUGUCUUGUAAUAAUUGUAAACUCUAAUUCUAUAUAUAUGAUAUAACUUGGGGGAUCGUCUAAGGGGGAGGGGAGUAUACGUG